AUUCAAAAAUUAUAGCUAAAUGUGUGCGGAACGAAUACGAAGCAUCGAAGAAGUGCUAACGCGGUUGGAGUAUGAGACCCGACGUCGCCACUGGCGGUUGUUCACGCUGUUGCUCUUCCCCCUGGCACUGCAAUAUUUGCAUGGUGCCCGCGGUUUAGAUGUGCCAUUGGCGUUGCCCACAGCUUGGCCAGACGCGACACUUGAUGAGUGUCACGAUGAGUAUCAGGUGGCCAGUGCGAAUGCGUCCAGUCAUUACUCCUUCAGCUUUCAACUCUGCGAGCUGACGGCCAACGAAACGAAGAUCGAUCUGACCAUCCAUGAGGAGCUGGAGCGCGAACAAAUCGAACGGGGCCGCAUCGAGGCGUGCGGUAAUCUGGAGCUAUGCGAAACACUCGACUCGGAUCUCGAGUACUUUGCGUGCGUCAGGGAUAGCGGCACCCGGAAUUUGGAGUUGAUGUUAGAGAUCAAUAACAAUGCCACAAGUGCACACACACGCCUUCGAGAGGAUUACAACGAGUUGCAGCAGACGUUUGUGUUGUGCACGCUGGAGGCACAAGUUGCCUACAUGCAGGAUAUGCGAGAGGCGUACGCAGAGUUGCAGGAAUGCCGCCAGCAACUGUACGACUCGCAGAACUGACACCUCAACUGAAGUAUUAAAAGCCAAAUUAGUUAUUAGCAAAAGCAAAAACA